AUGGGAUAUCCAGUCACAAGUAAGGUGCUAUCUCCGGCUAAGAAGACGUCCCACAGUGGUAACCCCUGGGCCUCGGUGCUCCUCUCCUGGUUCCUUGUGCAGCUGGUGCUUUUUUCAGGGAAGCUCAACACCAUCGCCAGUAUUGUGACCAUCUUCUUCCUGUUGGUGUAUGCGGCUGUGGACUUGGCCUGCCUUGCUCUGGAAUGGGCAUCUGCACCUAAUUUCAGGCCCACCUUUCGUUACUUCACCUGGCAUACGUGCGCGUUGGGCAUCGUAGGUUGCGCCGUCAUGAUGUUUCUGAUCAACGCCAUCUACGCCUCGGCCAGCAUCGCCUUCAUGUUGCUGCUGCUUCUGCUGAUUCACUACCUCAGUCCCACCUCCAGCUGGGGCUACAUCAGCCAGGCUCUCAUUUUCCACCAG